UACAGAGCGUAAGGUGGCGUUGUCCAGAGAUGGGAUUGACAUCGUAAAUUAUUAUCGCACCGCUUCGAAGUUAUAGUUUCUAUAAUAAAGUGAAUUGAUUUUACUGAGUUAUCAUGCAAUGGCAGCGAACAUGAUGUUAUACCUAAUUAUUUCUACCUUACACCGUAAUAAAAUAUUAAUUAUUUAAUAUUUUAGUCAGUAAGCUGCCUGUAUGACAAUAUAACAUAUUUAAUAUCUAUUCACUCAAGUUGUAAGAUUGUAGGAACGUAUACUAAACUAAAGAAUCACAUUAAAAGUAGACGGAAAAUUAGAAUAUCUGAGAGUUAUUCAAACGGCAAACGCAUAAAUUUCUUCACUGCCUAAUUUUUAUUAAACAAUAUCACCGCCGAGCGUCUAUAAUAUUGUUUAAUAAGUUAAAGUGGUAAUCAAAAUUAAUUUAGCCACAUUCUGGUAUAACAAAUACUGCGGAAAACUGCUCAAAGAGCUGCCUGCAUUCUUCGCAUUAUUAUUAUUAUUAUUUUUUUAUAAAUAUUGGUCAAAGCCGUCACCGCACACACUUCGUUUGUCGUUAAACCGCAAAAAUCUAACGAUUCAAAAUAAUAAAUGCUUAAUCAUAAUAACGGAAACACGGAGUUAUUGGAAUGUAUUGUAAUACAUGACGAACAGCGAAGACAAUACUAUACGCUUAACAGGGCAUCCCAUGUAAUUAUCACUCAAAUACAAAUAAAAAAAAAUUAUAUAUUCAAACAUAAGUAAUGUGCAAAGUGCAAACCCUAAGUUGUAAGUACUUUCAUAUUUGAUAUAAUUUUGUUAUUGAUUAUUGAUUACUUAUUAGCACCACAUUUAUAUCAAAAUCUUUAAUAUUUAUUUUGAUACCUGAUAAUUGUUCCUUCUUUUGUUCAUGUGACAAUCCAAAUUUGAAUUGUUCUAAUUAAUAAAAUACACAUUACGCGAGGACGUAAAAGUCUUAAAAACUUAACUUACCAAAAAUGAGUGGUACUUGAUGUAUUGUAUGUAAUCGUUUGGUUUAAUUUGUUAUGCCAUGAACCAUGGCCAUCCUUUACUCAAUUGGUAGUUUUGUAACGUUAGUCAUGAGUUAUGAAAUUUUUGAGGUUUAUACAAUUAUAAUCGCAACUAAAAUCCGAGGGUUUUAUAUAUUAGAUACCCAUUUAUAUAAUUAUCAAUAAGUAUAGCUUAGGCUGUUCAUAAUAUCAAAUAUUAUGGUAUAGGUACAUUGAAAUGACUGCAAAAUAUCGUGAUUCAUUAAUUUUUCAAUCUCCAACGUCUUUCGAUUCGCUUCUCUUUAUGGGUCAGGUGACGUGGAGGAAAGAUGGACUUAUGUUGACCGAAACCGAGUCGACCGCCGAUGACACAUCAGGAGCGUUCCUGGACACUUUCGGGACGUUGUACUUGAUCAGACUCACUGCCGACGAUUCCGGCAAUUACACGUGUUAUGUAGACGGUAACCGAACUCAAGAAGUGCUGUUGUCCGUCAGCAAGUCGUCAUUGCUCAGGUCGAAAGCCUACGCCCGUCACCUAAACUAUUUGUACUACGUGUUUGCGAUGUAUUUCGUAGUUUUCGGCGCUCGGCUCUACUACGCUUUCCUUAAUCGACGCAAUUUUUUGAAGAUCACCGACAACGACGUCCUGAAACCCGAAAUUCCCACUGUUUAUCUGGGAAGAAAAAUUAGGAUCCGUUGAUAGCCCCGUAUUCAUGCGAUUAGGUAAUUAUAAUAAAAGAUAAUAUAUAUUUAUAUUAUUUUUGAACGUCUUGAACCUACUGUGCAUGUGACACGCUGGACCAAUAACAUUUACACUUCUGCUUUUUUUUCCUUGUCACACAUUGUUGUAGAUAUAUCUUUUCUGUGCAGAUUUAAAGCCGACAUAGUCUAUCAGGUAUCAAGCUUUGUUAUUUUUAUGUAUUUUUGUCGGAUCAGUAUUUUAUUGUAAGUAUCUAAAUAUUCUUGGUUGUCUUUACCUAUAAGUUAUACCGAAGCUUAUGAAUAUUGUGUGGGCACUCUAUACACUAUUGUACGAUUAAAAAAGUAUAUUAUGUAUUUAAUAUUUUAAUAGGUACAUUUAUGUAUACAUUAAUUUUCAAAUAAA